CGAAGUGUCAAUUUUUUGCGAAAUUUUACACAUGUGUAAUUUUAGUGAAGAGAUUCCUUCGGUUCGCGAACAAUACUGACAGUUUCAAAAUUCACCAGAAAAACCCUAAAACAACAUUAGCCAACCUCACGAAAAAGACCCGUUCCGUAAAAUGAGCAACCUGGCGCAAAAAAUAACGCAAAGGUAUCGAGAACUUGCCUGUGUACCUUUUCUAUCAGAUGCUAGGAUCGGGAAAAACGGGGCCACUUUGAGCGCCGUGUGGUCGGAACGAAAUUUAGAACGGGGGAAAUUCGUGAAGUUUUCGAAAACUUACCUUCUGAACUCGGAACUACGUAAAUACUUGGACUUUUCGCCUUGCGAUGUUACCAGCGAGAAGUUGGUGAGCAUUUCGCCCUCCGAAACGUAUAGGGCAAUUGUUCGUGCUAGCGAUGAGAAGGAUGGGGCCAAGCAAUUUUUUGAAAUUUGGUCAGACGAACGUCUUUUGCAUACAACGGAUGUGUCCGAGUUGGAAUUGCAUGAUGAGAUUUACACUGAGGCAACAUUAGGAGCUUUGGAAUGGUCGCCUGAUGAAACAAAGUUGAUUUAUAUCGCCGAAAAAAAGGAGCCGAAAAGUGAACCAUUUUACAAGAAGAAAACCACGAAUUCAGAUCCCUCCAAGGACGCAAACGUUACCAAAGGAGAACAAUAUUUGUAUCGGCAAAGUUGGGGAGAACAGUACACAACACGGAAAGAGUCGGUAAUCGUGCAAUACGAUAGAGCAUGCGACAGCUUCUCAAUUUUGGACGGCAUUCCCGAUGACAUUUUCCCAAUUCAAGUUUCUUGGUCUCCCGAUGGAACCUGUAUUACUGGCGUGGGUUUACGUACAAACCCUCGAAAGCUUGGAUUAAUUUAUUGCAAUAAUCGGCCCGCCGCUGUUUUUACUUUAAAUUUUGAUAAGCAAUAUGAGGAAUUAUCUAUGAAAUCUAGAGCUGUUAGGAAUCCAUUAUUUACACCUGAUGGGAAAACGAUAGUUUGGUUUGAGCAGGACGAGAUCGCUCAUAGCAGUUGCCUGGCAUUGGUCAAGAAGUCAGUUUUAGAUAAGAGUGCGAGCAUACAGACAGUUGUACCGAUUGUCAACAAGGAAAUGAAAAUAAAUGGAGAUCGUUUAUUUUACGGAUUAUACAACGUAAUGAUCCCAAAACGAUGCUGGGCAUCUGGAAAUCGAUUGAUUUUAUCGACACAACAAAAAAAUACAAUCAACACGUAUUGUAUUAAUAUUGACUCAGGAGCCAUUACCGAAUUGCCCUACUCUGAUGGCAGUCGAAUUGUGUUAGAUGUCUUUAAUGAUACUGUCGUUUUUAAUCACCGUAACUUCUUCGUGUCUGAUAAGCUGGCAAUUGCUACACUUCCCAAGUUGGGUAGUGAAUGCACACUUGAAAGUACUGAUGUAACGGACGGUUUGCGAAUGGACUACAUGGAGAAUUUUACAUAUAAUUACUUGGAUUUGGCACACAACACUGAAGAAGUAGCCAAUUCCUUUACUGCUAUUUACAUUGGUCCUAAAUCGGGGAAGGAUGGAGAGUACCCUCUGAUCGCGUGGCCACAUGGCGGACCGCAUUCGGCAUAUAGUAAUUGCCUAUUUUUGGAACUGUCCUUACUAAAUUCCCUCGGGUUUGCCGUACUGCUAAUAAACUUCAGAGGUUCAAUAGGAGCUGGUGAAGAUUCCAUCAAAUUUCUACUGGGGAAAGUCGGAAAGGCAGACGUGCAAGACUGUGUUGAGGCAGUCAAAGCUGUUUUAACUCGUUAUCCAUGGUUAGAUGCAAGUCGUGUGUCGCUAAUGGGUGGCUCGCAUGGUGGAUUUUUAGUAACGCAUCUAAGUGGCCAGUAUCCCAGUAUGUUUAGAGCUGUAGUUGCUCGAAAUCCCGUAAUAGAUAUAGCAGCAAUGUCCAUUACAUCCGAUAUUCCCGAUUGGGCUUACGUCGAGACGGGUCGUUUGUAUACUCAAGUAGGCCAACCGAAUGUUGAAGAUCUAUUGGAAAUGCGAAAAGCAUCUCCAAUUCAGCAUGCACAUAGAGUGACCGCACCUACAUUGCUGCAAAUUGGCAAAAAUGAUAAACGUGUCGAUCCGUCACAGGGUAUUGAGUACUAUCAUAGAUUAAAAGCAAAUGGAAAUAUUGUUAGGAUGAAUUUAUAUGAUGACAAUCAUCCAAUAGCAUCGAUACACAAUGAAGUUGACAAUAUUAUUAACUCCAUUUUAUGGGUCAUGGAACAUACCGAGAUGAAAUACAAUUGAUCUACGGUCCACAUUUAUAUUUUUCGAUACAUGACGUUUUAUUAUAAGCCAUAUCUACUGAUUGAUAAAGAAUUCUUAUAAAACCA